AUGGGCAAAGGUAUUGCUACGGUCCUCAAGGCCGCUGCGACCUUCAUGCCAAAGUGUGCCAUGACCUGGCCUCCACAAAGCUCUUCCGUCGAAUCGGAACGGAGCCAGAUUGGUUCACUGCCACUUUUAGUGGACGGCGUGGAAUCUUUGCUACCCUCGCACAGGGGUAAGUGAGACCCUACGCUGAAGUUCGGCCGCCUGAAGUUCGUCAAUUCGGCCGAAUGAACGCUAAAGACCUUAUACUGACUAGCGAAACCUCUCACCGUAUCAGCCUGAUUCACAGUUUAAGAGAGCUUUUUAAAUUUAAUCCGCACAUCCCUAUCCGGGAAACAGCGUCCUCAUGUUGAAAAAUAGGAACAUGGCCACACAAUAAUCAAAUAAAUAUGUCAUCCUCGUGUCUUCGCAUGAAAAGGUGUCCUAAAAAGUACUAUCACAGAGACUCGCCGACUGCCUUCCCAUUUUAACAUGUAAAGGCACCCAUAAAUCUCACCUGAUCAUCCCAAUCAUUGGUUUUUUGCACGUUUACCUGCCGUAAAUGUGUAUAGUUGCAUAAGUCUGGUAAUAGACAAAAACGUACGUGCAAACGACCACUUAGUUCAUGAGAUUUUCACCGGAAUUUUGAAAUGCGUUUCCGCCAGUAAAUGAUUGCCUAGAUGGGGCUACAGGAUAAUCCAAAGGUGCUUAGUCAAAGCAGGAUGCCAGUUUUUUUAGUAAGCACGUUUCAAACCGUUUGCAGAAAGCACACCAUACAAAAAGUGGUCAAUUAUUUAAUGGGACUUUCUCAAGUGAUUGUGGGUUUCCUAAAAAAUUCGAAUGUAUUGCAAAGACAAUAGACCGAUAUAGUCUUUAUUUUUAUUAAUUUUUUAACAUCUCGUCUUCUCUAAACUAAAUACUCGAAAAGAGGACAAACCGGGGAUUUAAAAAUUCUGUAUUUAUGUGAUUUUUGAAAUCCUUAGAUGCCUACUCAUGCGACAUCCUAUCUAUCUGCUUAUCUGUGCCAAUUCACUUAUUAAUUGAAAAAAUCUGUCUAUAAAACUAGAACCAGUUUGUCAAGAAAACUAUAAACAAACGCCAUAUUCAUUAAACUGUGUUGGCAGACAUAAUCCGGCGGUUUUUCAUGUAAAAAAUUACGCAGUUGCACAUAAAUAGCGGUCAAAACAAUUUUUGAAUUUCUUUCAUAAAAGUAAUUACUCUUUCUUGAGGGAAUUGAUGACUUUCCAAUUUCGCCGGAAAUUCUUCUUGAAGCCGGUUUUCCGCGUUUAAACAAAAGUGAUUAAAUUGCCACCGUGCAUUUAACAAGAAUGGCUGACAGCUCUCAACGCAUUGCUUGCGUUUUAGUUGCAUAAAACACCAUUGGGCCGCACUGUUAGAAAGGUCAUAUGGCUUGCACUGCAAGUCUCUCAAAAUCAAAUACAUCGCUUUAGGUGGUUUAACAGAAGGGCAGACUUGGCGUCCGAUGUGCGAAAAUGUCCUUUAGGAACCGAACUCCAACCGCUACGCUUUAAACUGUAGGCUCAAUUCCUCCAGUGGGACGAUACAUAUAUUUUUUGGACUACUGAACUGAGUGAAUCCAAAGUAAAAGUGAAGUGGAACAAACGUGAAAAUAAACUGUUUUAAAGUAACAAAAUAAAAAAGCUCAUAAUGUGAGAAAACGAUUACAAUUCAUAAAAAUAUUUUAUUAGAAUAUGAUCGCCACAGUGAACAAUGAUAAACCAUAAUUUAGAAGUCUGAUAUAAGGAGCGCAAACGCUGUAACUUAAGAAUAGAAAUAGAAGUGACAUAUAAAGUGCGCCGUGAAAACGUAUGUAAAAACCGUUUUUACAGAAGCCGGUCCGAUGAGAAAUAUAACUGAUAUCAUUGAGCUGUUAAUUCGUAUUGAGUCCGAGACAGGCAUGUACCCCACUUGAUCCCUAACAGCUGUACGUCUCAAAAGUGUUUGCGCAUACUAAAUUUGUUGGACAGCUGAUUUGCCCCAUUUUGUCGGCAUUCUGUUCUGCAUUUUCGUCGUGAACAACUGCGCCAGAAGAUGCUGGGUGUAUGUCGUUUGAAACGUGCUUAUUAAAAACUGGCAUCCUGCUCUGACUAAGCACCUUCGGAGUAUCCUGUAGCCCCAUCUACGCAAUCAUUUCCUGGUGGAAACGCAUUUCAAAAUUCCGGUGAACAUCUCAUGAACUAGAUGGUCUUUUGCACGUUCGUUUGUGUCUAUUAUCAGACUUAUGCAACUAUACACCUCUACGGCAGGUAUAUGUGCAAAAAACCAAUGAUUGGGAUGAUCAGGUGAGAUUUAAGAGUGCCUUUACAUGUUAAAGUGGGAAGGCAGUAGGCGAGUCUCUGUGAUAGUACUUUUUAGGACACCUUUUCAUGCGAAGGCACGAAGAUGACAUAUUUAUUUGAUUGUUGUGUGGCCAUGUUCCUAUUUCUCAACAUAAUGAUGCUUUUUUCCGGAUAGGGAUUUGCGGAUGUGCGAUCCUAUGGUUACAUAGUGGAACGUUUAACUUAGUGGUCAUUGGUAAAACGUCCGGCUCAACCCGUCGCCCGAUUAUAGCAAAUAAAUCAGAAAUUACCAUCUCCGUCUCCUUUCCCUCGUUUGUAUUCUUUUCUAGUGUUGGGAGGAUUCAUGUUUGCCCCUUAAUGUGAUAUUUAUGGCGAACAAGUUAUUAGUUCUAAGAGCCAGUAGUGUGUUAUUGAAUAAUUGAAUAAAGGGCAGGUUUCGUGGGAGUACCAUCAUCGUCUUCUUUCUCUUGCCACCAUUCUCUUUCGAUAAAUGAAAGUUUUAGAGUGCUGGAAGGAUUCGCCUUUUGUCUCUUAAUGUGGCAAAGUGGGAAAUCGUGUAUUUAGUUCUAAGAGACAGUGAUAUCACAUCAAAGGAAUAAAUAAAUGUUACAUUUCGCAUGCCCCUUUCUUUGAGUAGAAGCACUUUUUUCUGACGCGUUUGAUGAAAGCUUAAGCAUAUGUAAUGUUUUUUGCUAGGCACAACAACACCUUAGUUCUCAUUUGUUUAAAGAUAAAUGUUUUUCAUGCUAUCAUUUUAAUAUUUUAAUGUAGAAAACAACAGAAAUCGCAUUUCCUUAAGUCCGGGAUUAAGGCAAUCAGCGCAUAACCCCGUUGUUCCGUGGUGAAUUUGCCACGGAACAGGAAGAGGUAGCGCAUCUAGUUCACUGCAUAGAAUAUAAUUGCUCAGUCGGUUACAUCAAAGCAGUACUAAGGGAGGAUAAACGGCAACUACAUUUAAAGAGACGUUUGACUGUUUUUCCACAAUUAUCUCGAAGGAGCUUUUACUAGAGUAUACCAGUUGUUUUACUUUUUAACAAUUUUAUUAUAAAAGGCGAAUAAUCUCGGUUACGUUUUUUGCCGGAGACAAAAUAUGCUGAAGUGGAAAAGGCCGAUUACGUCGAGCAAAUUAUGUGACGUUAUCAGUUUAAAUAAGAAAAUGAGUCCAUAAAUCUUCCUAUCAAAAUUAAGACUGGUAUAGUGCAUGACCUGUCUCAUGAAACCUGAUGGCAGAAAAUGAUACGAAAAUGUUCAGACGUCUUAAACGUUGCACUUUUUGCUCGUUUGUCUAGCCUUCUCAAAGAAAUGUACUUUUGUGCGAAGAAUGUACGCACGAAAGUCAUUCAAGCAAAACGUUAAUCAAUUUCGAAAAAAAUGGAAGCUGCGAUAUAUUCGUAUACUUUACUAUGCGCACGACUGGACUAGACUUCGUUUGGUUAUCUGAGCGUUUUUUUUGAGAUGAUAGUAAAUUACUCUCAAAGGUUUUACUUAACAGAGCUUGCGCAAUUAAAAAUCGUUUUUUUUGUCUAAAGAUUACCGCGGGAGUUAACUUGUUAACAAACGCUUUAAUAGAACAGAAGGUGUUAUUGAUUUUGAGAAGGUAAAGUGCGUCACCUGUUACAAAAAAUGUUGGCCGAAAUUCUGAGUUGCGUUCUCGAUUAGGAAGGAUUUCUCCAAUUGGCCUGCAAUAGUGCUUGUCAAGCAGCAUAAUCCUAGAGUAUUUUGGCGUCGGCAGGAUGUUGGCAAUUGAAUUCCCUUAUAAUGGACCUACUGCAGAAACGACGUGCGGUUCAAUGUGACCCUUAAAGCAUCGUAUCUAUCCGUGUAUCAAUGCUCCUCAUGAAACGUGCAAGUUAAUCCGCAUCCAAUGAAAAAUAUUACAAACUCAAUAUGGUGUCUUUUCAAACGGAUAGAGGAAUAUAUGAUUUUCCUUAAGCACAAAGCAUGCAUCUUGUAGGAAAAGAAAACAUAUUUUCGUACAUAUCUUCUAAGAAAUAUAUUUGAAGUUAUAAUAUCUUGGAAAAUUACCGUGAAACCGUUUUGCUGCUUAAUUAGUCAUUUGCCAUCCAGUACAAUUUCUAAAGGAGGUCAAAAAGAAAUGCUUCCAAAGGCCGACAUUUUGGCAAGUCUCAAAUUUUGCGCGAUCAUGCCGCAAGGUAAUCAAUAUUACAACCCUACCUAACAAUUCCUUUUUAAUCGUAAACAUAUUUUAAAAUUUCGGCCAACAUUUUAUAAGAUCGGCCACUCACCGUAUAUAAACUGACGUCAACACAAAUACAACCGCAUUAUGGCGUUAUCGGUAUUUUCUGGUCUUUUAAAAAGACGAUAUUUUUAAUGCCCUUAAAGUUGAUACUUAUAAACGUAGAUAUUAGGUGCGCGCAUAAGUGGUGGCUUAUGAGUGAUUAGCAUUCCUUUGCGAAUGUCGACAACAUUUAUGUAGUAGGCAACCUACUUAAUAUCACAAUGUAAAGCAGAUCGAGACGUAAUUGUUUGCCUAGAUUAAAGCUGUGGUAGAGAACAUUUGUUUCUUGCAACCUACUGUAGGUUUUCUUGACGUCCUUGGAAUUUGUGAAUGUGGCCAGUUUUCUGGGCGUCCGCAAAACUUGCUCCUCCGGUAUUCUCCCAUACUGUACCUCUGAAAAUAAAGUGUUUGUCGCAAAAAAGCUUCAUCACAAUAUUUAAGAUAUCUAUGCCUAAAGUCAAUUCGCUCGCUUUAUGUCAGGGCAAUAGAAAUGGAGUCAAUGAUUUUUGUGACCUCGCGGAGGUCUGGGGGGAAGUCUCAUUUUCACAUCACAGGUUACUUCGAUUGACAAUGCUGCGAGAUCCGGACCGAAGAUUUGAAGGAAAAGAAGGUAGGCUCACCGGAACGGGUUUUUUAGAUGCUGACGUUUCAGAGACCUUAAUCGGCUGCCCAUUGUCAAAGCGUAAAAUGUGCUUAAUCGACCAGAAAUUUCAAUUGGAAUAUUGUGUUUGUCUGCCUCAUGUUGAUUGAUUUUUCUCUCCUUUCGCCAUGUCGGCCUCUCAGAGGAUGGUUAAAGGGCGUUUUAUUUUUGAGAUUUGUGAGUCAGUAUUCCGUCAUAGAAGAUGGAUAAAUCUGUGUCGGGUUGUCUGUCUGGCGGUUCUUGUUUUUCUUCACCGAGCAAACUCGCCGCCAAGCUCUCUCCGUAUUGUCUUCCUAAUUCCGGUGUGGUUACUUGGUCCUGAGCUCUACGAAUGUGAUGGCGUAGGACUUAGUGAGCUGCAGGUAGAUCCAGAUGCCUGUCGAUGAAGUGGGCAUCGGAGAACCACGCCUCGACAGUUAACCGUUCUGCUUUUAUGUUGAGGAAGAGCAAGAACCGCCAGAUCGAACACUUGAUAAAGGUUCAGUUACCUCCGCCCGAAGGAGUGGUGACUCACAGGUUACUUGUCCUUGAUCCGGAUUCCGUGGUUAAGCACCAUCUUUACGAAGAUCAGUUAUCUGCUAUUGCCUCAGACGAUAGGUUUGAGCAAAAAUCCAAUACGUCAGGCGAAUAAAGCUCUUUUUCCAGCGAUCCUUUACAUCUGCUUCCUGGGAUCCGUGUCUUUGCUUAUUUUGGCAAGGUUAGGCAUUGUUUGAAGCCGUUUAAGUUCCACACUUCUGAGCCGCUUAUCCAGAAGAGCUUCCCCAAUAUUUGAUCUCGCCAGCAGGUCGCAUGUCAGCCUCAAACUAGGACGGUGUGGAACGCAACUCGACCCGUAGUUAAAGAGCGAAACGCUCUGUAUAAUGACCCAAAGAUUACCUAACCUGUUGCUUGCUACAUUUAACAAUUUCCAUGCUCAGCAGUGGCGUACUCCUGUAUACCCCGGCCUCUAGACCUCAACGGGUGAUACUUGUUUCGCUCUUAAAUCGGGCACGUAGGCAGCAUAGGUUAAUAAAUAUUAAUUCCAUUAAUAUUACUAGUUUCUAUGAUGAAAAUAAACCAAGUUAAGUAAAAUCACCAUCUCCGUUUUUAGCUUCUUUAUUUAAAUGCGUUCACAAAAAACUCUCAGUUAAAAUGAAGGUCAGGGGACCAUCAUAAAUAGUCCAAGGCGUCUGCCCCAUAGAAAUAAACAACAAGUGUUACCGAGGUUCUCGGCCCAGUUUUUCUGUCUCUGUGAUCUGAGAUGCAGAUGCAGUUUUCGAUGAACACUUAUAUCUGGGACACAAAAUGAUAUGAUUGUGUGGUCCAGUGUCUCCUACUCCCACCACAGCCCCCCACCCCCACCAUCCCCACCACCACCACCACCACCACCACCACCACCACCACCACCACCACCACCACCACCACCACCACCACCACCACCACCACCAUCAUUACCACUACCUUUGUAG